CGAAAGCACGAUUUCGACAAAUCCCCAUAAAGCCCCAUGCUAAAAUGGUCAACUUUGGGCGCCAUUUUGACCAUGUUCCCAUUAAUCGAUUUGGAUAAAACUUGGUACAGAUCAUCUUGGCGGCCUAUUCUAUGGAUUCCAUGGGGUAAAAAUUUGCUGGUACAAUAGGGGAUGGCUAUCUCAUUUUAUUGGACCUGGAGAGUUUAUUAUCCCUUAUUCCUAACCAGUUUAUUUCUAGGGAGACUGAUCAUUGACUAGGGAAUUAAGGCACGUUUACCCUAUCCAGAAUUUGUCUGCAUAUCAAAUAGAAGAUCCUUUCCUCCAGAAGAGCCUAAAAUGUGCAAACCUUUCGAGCUGCUAGCACGUUGCACUCUUUGGUUCCUUGAAACCCGAAUAGUCUUCAAUUUUAAUGCACGCGUACGUGUCACGAGGUAGCAGAAAGACGUGCUGUUAGGACGCUCUGUACGUGCCAGCUGCUUUCCAAGCACAAUGUGCUCGAAAAAGAUCCUGGAUAUCAGCGUUAUCGCCAGCCAAGGAGCAUCAAGGUUUAGAAACUCCAAAGUUCAACAACUCGUCAAACAGAAUUUAUUAUUAUUUACAGAAAUCAUUCAUUGGAGAGAGCGGUGCACCGGUGGCGCGGAGUCGGCUGAAAAAAGACGAAGGAGGAGUAGGUGGAGACAGAGAAAGACGAGCAGUCGACGAGGGAAUACAGGCGAAAAGAUAGCAGCACGCAUCGUCUCGAAAAUAGAAACGGCUUCGUUGACACUCUGCUACAAAUUGUCCGCGUCGUUAUGCUCUUUGUAAAAGCCUCGCCCUCCUUCUUUUGUCCAGCCGCCGCGAAUACCUUACAGUUUUUGCAUUCAGAUGCUACCUAAUCGUUACUAAAUCAUUAGAAAAAAGAAUGUAAAUUUAAUUGAGAUAAAAGAAGCUGGAAAUA